CCUCUUUCUGCUGAUGAGAUUGACCGUUGAUCUGGAAGGAUUCUUGGGUAUGUUCGUAGAUGGGAGAUUUGAGCUUGGAAUGUCACUGUAGGUGACAUUUGAGACUUUGAACUGGGCUACGUGGCUAGUCUGGGUGGGGUUCGCGGCAACCACACAAUGGCUCUUGUGGAUUAUUCUUUUGAUUUUAUUAAUUUUUUAAUUUGUAUCGAACGGUGAGGAUAGAGCAAUAGACUAGCCGUAUACAGUGAUAUUCUUGGGAUAUCUUGGGUGUCUGUCUCAAGGGUUUUGGGUAUAUUCUAUGUAAUUUAUCCAGAUAUGGCUGUCUCCUCCUUGAGUUACUUCAGUGCAAAUCUCUACUUUCCCUCUCGCUCCCACUCUCAAUCCCUCUAUCAGCCACCGGCUCCGGCUCCUGGUCGCAGCUACGAAACGACAUCAAGAAAUGGUGGGAGCAGUCUUGUGGUUCCGUCUGCUCACUCCAAUCCUAAGCUCCUCAAGUCCAAUCGGAAAUCUCGCUAUGGUCAGACGCUGUCGCCAUAUGGUAGUGAGGAAGAGGAGGUUGAAGAAGACGAAGAGGAUGAGGACUAUUUUGGCUUUGAUGAUGGGUUUUUUGAUGACGACUUUGCUGAAACUGAAGAUUUUGAAGUUAAUGGGAAGAAAAUUCAGUCACUGAAGGGAAUAAAUACUAGACAAGGCAGUAAGGGACAGAAGGAAAAUGUCAUUGGUGUGAGAUGGUUUGAUUCUCGACAAAGCUCUAAAUAUGCUGAGAAUGGUACCACUAGAAAUGCUUAUCAUACAUCCAAUAAAUCAAAGGAAGUUGGUUCCUCAGAUUUAGAUGGGCGAGGAAAGCCGAUGACAAAGAAGUUGAAGAAGAACAGAUAUGAAAAACUAUCAGAUGAAAUAGGUUUGGAUGUUAGAUGGCUCCCUCUUCUUGAUUACCUCAGCACAUUUGGCCUCAAGGAGUUGCACUUUGUCCAGAUGUACGAGAGACACAUGCCUUCCCUUCAGAUAAAUGUGUGUGCCGCACAGGAAAGGCUCGAAUACCUCUUGAGUGUUGGCGUGAAACAAAGAGACGUCAAAAAAAUACUAUUGAGGCAGCCACAAGUUCUAGAAUAUACUGUGGAGAACAAUUUAAAGGCCCAUGUUUCGUUUUUGAUUGGUUUGGGCAUUCCAGAAACCAGAAUUGGUCGGAUAAUUUCUGCUGCGCCUUCCAUAUUUUCGUACAGCGUUGAAAAUUCAUUAAAACCCACAGUGAGAUAUCUGGUUGAGGAGGUUGGCAUCAACGAGAAAAGUUUGGGUAAAGUCAUACAGCUGAGCCCUCAAAUCUUAGUACAGCGGAUAGACAUAUCGUGGAAUACUCGAUUGAUAUUUCUCUCGAAGGAGUUGGAGGCACCAAGGGAUAGUGUAGUGAAGAUGGUAACGAAACAUCCCCAGCUUCUUCAUUACAGCAUUGAUGAUGGAUUACUGCCGAGGAUCAAUUUCUUGAGGAGCAUAGGGAUGCAUAAUUCAGACAUUCUGAAAGUCUUGACUGGCCUCACACAGGUAUUAUCGCUAUCGUUGGAGGACAACCUAAAGCCUAAGUAUAGGUACUUGAUUGAUGAGCUUCAUAAUGAGGCGAAGUCCUUGACGAAAUAUCCAAUGUACUUCAGCUUGUCUUUGGAACAGAGGAUUCGCCCUCGCCACAGGUUUUUGGUUUCCCUAAAGAAAGCUCCAAAAGGACCGUUUCCUCUUGGUUCAUUGGUUCCGACUGAUGAACAUUUUUGUCAGCAGUGGGCUGGAACUAGUUUGGAUAAGUACGAGGCAUUUCGGCAGGGAUUACUACUCAAUGAGUUUGCCAGAAAAUAUGAAAAACAAUGAUACUCCAUCUUCCUAUACUGGUCCGUGAUUUUUACUAACAUGAGUUUUGGAAGAAGAAAGUGGUCUCUCUUAAGUAACUUCAGUGACCCGUAAGCCGGAUUUUUGAAAAUUUUCAGGAGCAUCCCCAUCGAGCUUUAGUUUUUAAACUACUAUAAUAUUCUGGAGCUGCAUCAAUCUUCUGCUCACAUUGGAUAUUAACAACCUGAAAAAGCAUAUAGAUGAUGGUCGACUAACCGGAGGUGAUUGACAAGAGAAAAGAAGUCGAGUUGAAGUUUGCUACUUUGCUAAUAUGAAUGCAAGCAUUAGUUCAACUCGCAUGCCUUUCGUAAAUUUGGUAUAUACUGGCCUUAUUUAUCUUUCUAGCAUGGUUACCUGAUGCAAUGCAGGCUUUUCGUUUCGGUUUCAUGUCAUUUGGACAAUUCGAGAGAAAGUUCUACUACACUCAAGUCACCUGGACUCGUGGUUGCGUUGUCAUUUUGUUGCUUUAAAUUGUAUACUUUGUACUCUUUCAGAUCUUAACAUCACCAUUGCAGCCUCAAGUGUAUCAUCUGUAAGGAGUAGACUCUUUGACUUGUAAAAUAAGAGUUCAUCCCCACUAUAAGCAUUAGAGUCAGAGUCAUUUUGUAAUCAUGUACAAAAUGCCUGAAUUUUGUUGGCAUAUACAAAAUACUUCAUUGGUACAUUGGAUUACUCUUGCUUCUAUAAUCUGAAUGUCCAAAUUUACUUUA